AGAGAUUUAGAAUUAAUUAUGUCGCCUGAACCAACGCAUCAACCAAUGAAUCAAGAUUUCAUAGCUGAAAAUUCGUCAAUAAAUAGAAUAGCAGAAAAUCAUGAAUCAGACAGUGAUGAUGAUGAAAUUGAAACAGCGGGUUAUUUACCAUUGUCUCAAGUACCAACAGAUAGUGAUUUGAUUAUUGAUCAUCCUGAUAAUGAUAAUGAAGAUGAUGAAUUGAUUUCAUCGAUAAUUGAUUCAAAUCCACAAAUAGCAGUACCAAUACCUGAACUACAAUCACAACCUACACCAGAAACUCUUCAUCUUUGGAGUUCAUCUGCAAAUAAUAAUUCUAAUAUUGAUCUUGAUCCUGUAAAAAUAAAUCAAGUGAAAUCAAUGAUGGCUAACUUUGUUUUACCUGAAACAGCGAUUCCGGAAUGGGCUAGUACAGUAACAGAAGAUAUGUGGAAAAGUCAACUUGUAAAUCGGAUAAAAGAAAUACGAAAAGAACUUUAA